AUGGACUUUGAUCCUAUUACGGAUCUAUCAUGGUCCACAGAUGCACUCAAACAGGCAUCUUCCGAAUCCUACAGUUCAGUGACUUUCAUGGACAAUUUGAGCAAUGAUUUGAUGCACGGGAAUUCGCUUGAUCAUGGCUUCUUUCAAGGCUCAACGUUUUUGGGUCGAACAGAUAUGCUCGGGGAUCACGGGUCAAUGUCCAAUCCUUUCAUGCCGUCGGCACACGAUUCCUUAUUAACGGAAGACGCGAUUUCAUCGGGAAGCGAUAAUUCAGGCUUACAAUAUUCUGCACCUCAAUUGGCGAUCGGAGAAGGCGAGUUUGAUAAAUUCUUGGACGACCCAUUUCCAGACAUCGAUCUCGAUCCGCCCUCACCAGGUUUCUCUAGCACCACCGCCUUCAUUGACCCCUGGAGGGCUUCUACUCCUACUGCUCAAUUGGAUCGGCCAUUCAAGCUAGUUGGUCGAAACAAUAUCAGCUUCUCCCCAAAAUCAUCAUCAGACGCUUCUCCCCGAGCUGCGCUCGUUAAUCCAUUCCUCCAAAACUUUACUUCAACUACUUGUAACCCAGUCGACGUUGCUUCAGUCUCUCCCGCGCAUUCCUCUCUGGAAGAGAUUGCCACUCCGACCCAACCCAACCCCCUCUUCCAAUCCCCAACCAAUCCUCGUCGUUUGACAGCAUUUCCACCUUCUCCGACUACGCCCACAAAACCCCGAACCUCCAAAGCCAAGUCUCCGCGGACGAAGACAAAGGACGCAAGGUCGCCGGCCCUCAAGAAGCGUAAAAAAUCUCGCUCAACAGAUGAUAUUCUUGAAGAACAUAGCAUUCCAUCCUCCAAUCAGAACACAAAUUCACCGAUCAAAGUGACUGGUUCACCGAGCCAUAUUGGCCGCAAUCAAGACUCGUGGGCAAAGCCGGGGUCUAUCCAAACAACACAAGAGUCUGGACUCUUUAAUUCACGCCAAUUUUCCGCUGGUGCGGGAGCUACCUCUUCAAUCGACCUUAAUUCACUUCUACAAUCACCAACAGGAUACGAUCCGUCCAUAAGCCAUAGGUCUUCCGACUCUUGCAUGCCAGAUGUUUCUUCUUCGCUGCGCAAUUUCAACUUGUUUCCUCAAUUGCCAACUUCGCAGGAUAUCAAUUCUUGGCCUCUCAAUUUGGGAUUCCAAGAAAACUCGACCCCAUAUUCAAAUCAUUUACAUGAUAAUAAUAUAUUCUCUUCUGGGAUGACUUCAUCCUUCGAUACCUCAUUAAACAUCGACAAACCAUCCACGCAGCUACCUGAAGGUCUUCGCCCUUUCUCUUCAGCUUUUGAUUCGAAUUCCUUCAUAAAGAACUUCACAGAUCAAUCCCUAGCACCCUCUAUCCAUUCUUCCCUCUUACCUUCUCCUCAUAUCCAGACCUCCUAUAAUGAGAAAAAGGCCGACUCACCCUCAGUUUUAAUGUCACAAUCUCGUUCAGAUCCAGAGGUUUAUCAGCAAACUUUUGGCAAAUCGAACUUUUCACAAGAUCGUGCUAGCCUUCCGACGUCCCGGUCGCCCGAUUCUCUAUUGAGCGGUGUUCUGAAUCACUUUGAGCACAGGGUGAAUUUUAUGGCUAAUUUUUCUCUCGCGUCCGGUGGAUUUUUCUCUGGUAAUCAGACCUCUUUCCAACCAAAACCAAUGCCCACAACGGCCGGACCGUCCACUACCAUCUCGCGAAGUCCUGUCACACCCUCGAACCCAUCUUCAACCCAGAAGAGCACUUCCGAACUGACAUUGGCCCGAUCACCUUCUCCCUCUAAGCCAUCUAUUGGUGCAAAGCAUACUCCAACCCGACCCAAACCUUUGGAGUCUGUGUUUGUCAAUUUCACCCCUAAAGAUUCCCAAAAGCUGUUGAGCGGAGUGGCACCGAGCGGAAGUUCUAAACGUAAAAGGUCCUCUCAAGUGCAACCCUCAACACCUUCUAAAAGACGGAUCGCCGCCGUUUGA